UUUGACCUUUGUACUCUUGGAUAUAAAAUGUCAGAACUUCAUCAUUAUAUGAGACGUUUGUGUGAAAUGUGAGAAGGUGUGGUACUUUGCACUCUAAUAAAUGCAUGGUAUGAGAGGCGGAGCAAAAGUCAGCAGGAGCUGUUUUAAACCAACAUGACACUCCGGAAAUGAAAGUGAAAGUUUGUAAACUAGACCGGAGCGCUGCAGUGAAGACACGUCUGUCUGUUUCUCUCUGAAGUACAAAAAGUGAACUAUUUCACGUCUCUGCACACUGAUAUGGCUGCUGCCAGCACGUCGCUCUGUGAAGAUCAGUUUCUGUGCUCCAUCUGUUUGGAUGUGUUAACUGAUCCAGUCAGCACAUCGUGCGGACACAACUUCUGCAAGAAGUGCAUCACUGAACACUGGGAUAAUUGUGUUUUUUUUGACUGUCCCAACUGUAAAAAAAAAUUCUACACAAGACCUGAGCUGCAGGUCAACACUUUUGUCUCUGAGAUGGUUGCUCACUUCAGACAGUCAACCCAACAAAAAGUCAUCAGCUUAAGAAGACGAGCUCCUGAACCAGGAGAUGUUCUCUGUGACAUCUGCACGGGAACCAAACUGAAGGCCCUGAAGUCCUGCCUGGUGUGUCUUGUCUCCUACUGUGAGACUCACCUGGAGCCUCAUCUGACAGUGUCACGCCUAAAAAGACAUCAGCUGAUCAACCCUUUGGAGAACCUGGAAGGAAGGAUAUGCACAGAGCACGAUAAACAGCUGGAGCUGUUCUGUAAAACUGACCAGACGUGUGUCUGCAGUCUCUGCAUUGUUUCAGAGCACAAGUCACAUGAUGUUGUUCCUCUUAAAGAGGAAUAUGAACGAAAGUUGGCAGAUCUGUGUGAGACAGAGGCUGACAUUCAGCAGUUGAUCAGCAAGAAACAACUUAAGAUUCAAGAGUUCAAACACUCAGUCAAUGUCAGCACGAAAGCUGCAGACAGAGAGAUAGCAGAGAGUAUUCAGGUCUUCACCAAGCUGAGGGAAGCUCUAGAGAGAAACCAGGCCAAAGUCAUUGAGACGGUGGAAGAAAAGCACAGAAGGACAGAAAAACAGGCUGAAGGUUUCAUCAAAGAGCUGGAAGAGGAAAUCUCUGAGCUGAAGAAGAGGAGUGCUGAGAUGAGGCAGCUCUCACACUCAGAAGACCACCUUAACUUCCUUCAGAGCUUUAAAUCUGUGAAUGCUGUUCAGCCAACCAGAGACUGGAAAGAUGUCAAAGUCUGUCCACCUUUGUAUGAGGGGACUGUGAGGACAGCUGUUUCUCAGUUGGUAAAGAUGCUCAAAAAUGAGAUAAAGAGGCUGCUCACAGAGAUUGAUCUGAAGACAGUCCAGCAGUAUGCGGUGGACGUCACUCUGGAUCCUGAUACAGCAAAUCAGCAACUCAUCCUGUCUGAAGAUGGGAAACAAGUACAUUGUGGUCUUGUACGGAAGAAUGUCCCAGAUAACCCAAACAGAUUUUAUGCAUUUCUCUGUGUCUUAGGGAAGCAAUUUGUUUCUUCAGGAAGAUUUUACUUUGAAGUUCAGGUUAAAGGGAAGACUAAAUGGGGUUUAGGAGUUGCCAGAGAGUCAGUUGACAGAAAGGCGCUGUACAGUGUUUGCACUAAUAAUGGUUACUGGACAGUGUGGUUUAUUAAUGAAAAUGUCCACCAUUCUCUGACUGAGAACUGUAUCGUUCUCUCUCUGAAGUCAAAGCCUGAGAAGGUCGGGGUGUUUGUAGAUUAUGACGAGGGUCUGGUCUCCUUUUAUGAUGUUGAUGCUGCAGCUCUUAUUUACGCCUACACUGGCUGCUCCUUCAUGGAAAAACUCUUCCCAGUCUUCCUUCCCAGUGCAAAUCUGGAUGGUAAAAACUCUGCCUCUCUGGUUAUCUGUCCUGUCAACGCUACUUAGUAGAAUAACCGGUGGUGUUGUAGUCGUCGAUGAUGUG